AUGACCAAUAACAUGCUGCCACGCGGCCAUCUUGAGCGAAUUUGGGCGCACGUACCUCACCUACGCAACAAAGAGAAGUACCGCAUGUUGAAACCCGACGACUUCACCCAAGAGAUAAAGGUUCUGUCUAAUCCCUACUGUGGGAACCAUUAUCCCUUUAUGCCCGCUGUACCAAACGAGACCUUUGGUGUAGCAAAUGAGCUAGGGGUGCAGGGUCGUUUCGCCCAAAGCGCCCUGUACCCCGUGGGUGAAGCCUUGAAUCACCUGAACUUGGAUAUGUCCUUUGGUGACUCACAGCGGGGGGUUAACCGCCGGAAGGGUGAUAAGAAAAAGAAGCACGGUCGUGACGAGAGCGAAUAUGAGGUGGUCAAGAAAGAGGGGAAGAAGGGAACUCUGGUUCCAGACAUCGUCCUCGUCGAAGACGAGCGCCACACGAUCCGAGUCUUGUGCGAGGUGAAGACGCACUGGGCGUAUGGCAUCUAUACGGUCUAUGAGUAUACUUGGUUCUUAAAAAGGGUCGAUGACACCCAAUUUACCCUGUCUCAGCCAAUAAGUGCCAGUUCUGUCUCAACGUCUAGUGCCCUAUCGCUCCGGAAAUGCCUACUGGCUCUUGUCAUCGCGGGCGCUGAUGAAGAAAGGAGCUACUACCCUGCCAGAUAUAGCAAACGUUUACAGUUGCAUAGCAACGACAAAAUCACUAAGAGGACGACCUUCAUCCAGCCUCCGAAUGUAUUGUUUGACCCUAGGCAGACUGAGGGUGAAAAACGAUACACUCUUAGCCGGAUUACAGUCUGA